AUGGGAAAACUUCCAACGCCUGAUUUCAUGGCCAAAAAGUUGCAGGAUUUGCCCAUCGGAACAAUGGAGAAUGUGGUGUGUGUAGGCACAGAUUGGCCUCUUCAUCGUGUCCUCACUGUCUUCAUUGAAAACCGCGUCUCCGCCCUCCCGGUGGUGGAUGAAAAUAAUUGCCUUGUUGAUAUCUAUGCAAAGUUCGAUGUGAUUAAGGUGGUUGUCAACGAAGGCUAA